CUCUUCGCUGGACAAAUCAUCCCCUGCCUUCUCUCCUGGGCAGCGCGGCCGGGAUCCAGAGCCCUAGCCUCCUCAACUUCGUUGCUGAAGCUUGCUUUCUGUCCAUUGAGAGCCAUGCUUCGAGUGAUAGUGGAAUCUGCCAGCAAUAUCCCUAAGACGAAAUUUGGGAAACCGGAUCCUAUUGUUUCUGUUAUUUUUAAGGAUGAGAAAAAGAAAACAAAGAAAGUCGAUAAUGAACUCAACCCUGUCUGGAAUGAGAUCUUGGAGUUUGACUUGAGGGGUAUACCGCUGGAUUUUUCAUCAUCCCUUGAGAUUGUUGUGAAAGAUUUUGAGACAAUUGGACAAAAUAAGUUAAUUGGCACGGCCACCAUAGCCCUGAAGGACCUGAUGGGUGACCAGAGCAGAUCACUGCCCUACAAACUGAUCUCCCUGCUAAACGAAAGGGGGCAAGAGACUGGGGCCACAAUUGACCUGGUGAUUGGCUAUCAUCCACCUUCAGCUCCACAUCCAAAUGACCCUGGUGGGACCAGCAUGCCAGGCAUGGGAGGAGAAGAGGAAGAAGAUGGAGGUGAUGAGGACAGGUUGGAUAGUACGGUCAGGGGCCCAGGGCCCAGGGUGCCAGGAGGGACCAUGUCGGAAGCUCACCUUGCCCGGAGGCUCACGAGAGCGAAGAGCAGCCGACGCAUGCUGUCUAACAAGCCACAGGACUUCCAGAUCCGGGUCCGAGUGAUUGAGGGCCGGCAGUUAAGUGGCAACAACAUCAAACCUGUGGUCAAAGUCCACAUCUGUGGCCAGACACACCGAACAAGAAUCAAGCGAGGGAACAAUCCAUUUUUUGAUGAGUUAUUUUUCUACAAUGUCCACCUGACUCCUUCUGAACUGAUGGAUGAGAUCAUCAGCAUUCGGGUUUAUAAUUCCCAUUCUCUGCGGGCAGAUUCUCUGAUGGGGGAGUUUAAGAUCGACGUUGGAUUUGUUUAUGAUGAACCUGGUCAUGCUGUCAUGAGGAAAUGGCUUCUCCUCAAUGACCCUGAAGAUACCAGCUCAGGUGCUAAAGGCUACAUGAAAGUCAGCAUGUUCGUCCUGGGAACCGGAGAUGAGCCUCCUCCUGAGAAACAAGAUCGUGAUAAUGACAGUGAUGACGUGGAAAGUAACUUGUUACUCCCUGCUGGCAUUGCCCUGCGGUGGGUGACCUUCCUGCUGAAGAUCUACAGGGCGGAGGACAUCCCCCAGAUGGAUGAUGCCUUCUCACAGACAGUAAAGGAAAUAUUUGGAGGCAUAGCUGAUAAGAAGAACCUAGUGGACCCUUUUGUAGAAGUUUCCUUUGCCGGAAAAAAGGUUUGCACAAAUAUAAUUGAGAAAAAUGCAAACCCUGAGUGGAAUCAAGUCGUUAAUCUUCAGAUCAAGUUUCCUUCAGUGUGUGAGAAAAUAAAACUGACAAUAUAUGACUGGGACCGUCUUACCAAAAAUGAUAUCGUUGGAACAACGUAUCUGCACCUCUCUAAAAUCGCUGCCUCUGGUGGGGAAGUGGAAGAUUUCUCAUCCUCGGGAUCUGGGGCUGCAUCAUAUACAGCAAAUACAGGAGAAACAGAGGUGGGCUUUGUUCCAACUUUUGGACCCUGUUAUCUGAACCUUUAUGGAAGCCCCAGAGAGUACACGGGAUUCCCAGAUCCCUAUGAUGAGCUAAAUGCUGGAAAGGGGGAAGGAGUUGCCUACAGAGGCAGAAUCUUGGUUGAAUUAAGCACUUUACUUGAAAAGACACCGCCAGAUAAAAAGCUUGAGUCCAUUUCGAAUGAUGACCUGCUGGUUGUUGAGAAAUAUCAGCGAAGGCGGAAGUACAGCCUGUCUGCUGUGUUCCAUUCAGCCACCAUGUUGCAAGACAUUGGCGAGGCCAUUCAGUUUGAAGUCAGCAUCGGGAACUACGGCAACAAGUUUGACACGACUUGUAAGCCUUUGGCAUCAACCACUCAGUAUAGCCGUGCUGUAUUUGAUGGAAACUACUAUCACUACUUGCCUUGGGCCCGCACGAAGCCAGUUGUUACACUGACUUCCUACUGGGAGGAUAUUAGUCAUCGCCUGGAUGCUGUGAACACGCUCCUAGUCAUGGCAGAAAGGCUGCAAUCAAACAUAGACGCUCUAAAAGCAGGGAUACAAGGUAAAAUUCCUUCAAACCAAUUGGCAAAAAUGUGGCAGAAGCUCCUCGAGGAAGUUAUAGAAGACACAAGAUACACGUUGCCUCUCACAGAAGGAAAACCUAAUGUCACAGUUCUUGAUACUCAGAUCCGAAAGUUGCGAUCCAGAGCUCUCUCUCAGAUACAUGAGGCAGCUGUGAGGAUGCAGUCUGAGGUCCCAGAGGUCAAAUCCACCUUGGUGGAAAUCGAGGACUGGCUCGAUAAAUUAAUGCAGCUGACUGAGGAGCCCCAGAACAGCAUGCCUGACAUCAUCAUCUGGAUGAUCCGGGGAGAGAAAAGACUGGCCUACGCACGCAUUCCCGCACAUCAGGUUUUAUACUCCACCAGCGGCGGGAAUGCGUCUGGAAAGUACUGUGGGAAAACCCAGACCAUCUUUCUGAAGUAUCCACAAGAAAAGAACAACGGACCAAAGGUGCCUGUGGAGUUGCGUGUGAACAUCUGGUUGGGUUUAAGUGCUGUUGAGAAGAAGUUCAAUAGCUUUGCAGAAGGAACAUUCACCGUCUUUGCUGAAAUGUAUGAAAAUCAAGCCCUCAUGUUUGGAAAAUGGGGCACUUCCGGAUUAGUGGGUCGUCAUAAAUUUUCCGAUGUCACAGGAAAAAUAAAACUCAAGAGGGAAUUCUUUUUGCCUCCAAAAGGCUGGGAAUGGGAAGGAGACUGGAUAGUUGAUCCUGAAAGAAGCUUGCUGACCGAGGCGGAUGCGGGUCACACAGAGUUCACAGAUGAAGUGUACCAGAAUGAGAGUCGCUACCCCGGGGGCGAGUGGAAACCGGCGGAGGACACCUACACGGAUGCGAACGGCGAUAAAGCAGCAUCACCAAGCGAGCUCACUUGCCCUCCAGGCUGGGAAUGGGAGGAUGAUGCAUGGGUCUAUGACAUUAAUCGUGCAGUGGAUGAGAGAGGCUGGGAGUAUGGGAUUACCAUUCCUCCUGAUAAUAAACCCAGAUCCUGGGUCGCAGCAGAAAAAAUGUAUCAUACUCAUAGACGCCGAAGGCUGGUCCGAAAACGCAAGAAAGAUUUAACACAAUCUACUUCGAGUACCACAAGGGCCAUGGCAGAAUUUGAAGACCGGGAGGGCUGGGAAUACGCUUCUCUAAUUGGCUGGAAAUUUCACUGGAAACAGCGUAGUUCAGAUACCUUUCGCCGCAGACGCUGGAGGAGAAAAAUGGCUCCUUCAGAAACGCAUGGUGCAGCUGCCAUCUUUAAACUUGAAGGGGCCCUUGGCGCAGACACUACAGAGGAUGAAGAAAAGAGCGUAGAAAAACAGAAGCACAGUGCCACCACUGUAUUUGGAGCAAAUACUCCCAUUGUUUCCUGUAAUUUUGACAGAGUCUAUGUUUACCACCUGCGCUGCUAUAUCUAUCAAGCCAGAAACCUCAUGGCUCUAGACAAGGAUAGCUUUUCAGAUCCAUAUGCUCAUGUCUCCUUCCUUCAUCGAAGUAAAACCACCGAGAUCAUCCACUCAACUCUGAAUCCCACAUGGGACCAAACAAUUAUAUUCGAUGAAAUUGAAAUUUAUGGGGAACCCCAAACCAUCCUACAGAACCCACCCAAGGUUAUCAUCGAACUUUUUGACAAUGACCAAGUGGGCAAAGAUGAAUUUUUAGGACGAAGCAUGUGCUCUCCUCUGGUGAAACUAGACUCAGAAAUGGACAUCACUCCCAAACUUCUCUGGUACCCAGUGAUGAAUGGAGACAAAACCUGUGGGGAUGUCCUUGUAACUGCAGAGUUGAUCCUGAGGCACAAGGAUGGCUCCAACCUUCCCAUUCUUCCCUCGCAGAGGGCACCAAAUCUGUACAUGGUCCCCCAGGGCAUUAGGCCUGUGGUUCAGCUCACUGCUAUUGAGAUUCUAGCUUGGGGCUUAAGAAAUAUGAAGAAUUACCAGAUGGCUUCUGUCACCUCCCCCAGUCUCAUUGUGGAGUGUGGAGGGGAAAGGGUCGAGUCAGUGGUGAUCAAAAACCUGAAGAAGACACCCAACUUCCCAAGUUCUGUUCUCUUCAUGAGAGUGUUCUUGCCCAAGGAGGAACUCUACAUGCCUCCGCUGGUGAUCAAGGUCAUUGACCACCGGCAGUUCGGCCGCAAGCCCGUCGUGGGCCAGUGCACCAUUGAUCGCCUGGACCGCUUUCGCUGUGACCCUUAUGCAGGAAAGGAGGACAUCGUACCACAGCUAAAAGCCUCCUUUUUGUCUACCCCACCCUGCCGGGAUGUCGUUAUUGAAAUAGAGGACACCAAACCAUUACUGGCUUCAAAGCUAACAGAAAAGGAGGAAGAAAUUGUUGACUGGUGGAGUAAAUUUUAUGCUUCCACAGGGGAACAUGAAAAAUGUGGACAAUAUAUUCAGAAAGGUUAUUCCAAACUCAAGAUAUAUGAUUGCGAACUAGAGGAUGUAGAGGAAUUUGAGGGCCUGACAGACUUCUCAGAUACUUUCAAGCUGUUUCGAGGCAAAUCAGAUGAGAAUGAAGAUCCUUCUGUGGUAGGGGAGUUUAAGGGCUCCUUCAGAAUCUACCCACUGUCGGAUGACCCCAGCGUGCCGGCCCCUCCCCGGCAGUUUCGGGAAUUACCUGACAGCGUCCCACAGGAAUGCACGGUUAGGAUUUACAUUGUUCGAGGCUUAGAGCUCCAGCCCCAGGACAACAAUGGCCUGUGUGACCCUUACAUAAAAAUAACACUGGGCAAAAAAGUAAUCGAAGACCGAGACAACUACAUCCCCAACACGCUCAACCCGGUGUUCGGCAGAAUGUAUGAACUGAGCUGCUACUUACCUCAAGAAAAGGAUCUGAAAAUUUCUGUCUACGAUUAUGACACCUUUACCCGUGAUGAAAAAGUAGGAGAAACGAUUAUUGAUCUAGAAAACAGAUUCCUUUCCCGGUUUGGGUCCCACUGCGGCAUUCCUGAGCAGUACUGUGUUUCUGGAGUAAACACCUGGCGAGAUCAAUUGAAACCAACACAGUUGCUUCAAAAUGUGGCCAGAUUCAAAGGCUUCCUACCGCCUGUUCUUUCGGAAGACGGAGGUAGCAUCACAUAUGGAGGAAAAGACUACAGCCUAGAUGAAUUUGAAGCAAACAAAAUCCUGCACCGGCACCUUGGGCCCCCCGAGGAGCGCCUCGCCCUUCACAUCCUCAGGACUCAGGGGCUGGUUCCUGAACACGUGGAAACGAGGACUUUGCACAGCAGCUUCCAGCCUAACAUCUCCCAGGGAAGACUUCAGAUGUGGGUGGAUGUUUUCCCCAAGAAUUUGGGGCCACCAGGCCCUCCUUUCAACAUCACACCCCGGAAAGCCAAGAAAUACUACCUGCGUGUGAUUAUCUGGAACACCAAGGAUGUUGUCCUGGAUGAGAAAAGCAUCACAGGAGAGGAAAUGAGUGACAUCUAUGUGAAAGGCUGGAUUCCUGGCAAUGAAGAAAACAAACAGAAAACAGAUGUCCAUUACAGAUCCUUGGAUGGCGAAGGGAACUUUAACUGGAGAUUUGUCUUCCCUUUUGACUACCUCCCAGCUGAACAGCUCUGUCUCGUUGCUAAAAAAGAACAUUUCUGGAGUAUUGACCAAACUGAAUUUCGGGUCCCACCCAGACUGGUCAUUCAGAUAUGGGACAAUGACAAGUUUUCUCUGGAUGACUACUUGGGUUUCCUGGAACUUGAUUUGCAUCAUACCAUCAUUCCAGCAAAAUCAUCAGAGAAAUGCAAUUUAGACAUGAUUCCAGACCUCAAAGCCAUGAACCCCCUGAAAGUGAAAACUGCCUCUCUCUUUGAGCAGAAGUCCAUGAAAGGAUGGUGGCCCUGCUACACGGAGAAAGAUGGCUCCCGUGUGAUGGCUGGGAAAGUGGAGAUGACGUUGGAAGUCCUCAAUGAGAAGGAGGCCGACGAGAGGCCAGCCGGGAAGGGACGGGAUGAACCCAACAUGAACCCCAAACUGGACCCACCAAACCGACCAGAAACCUCCUUCCUGUGGUUCACCAACCCGUGCAAGACCAUGAGGUUCAUCGUGUGGCGCCGAUUUAAGUGGGUCAUCAUCGCCCUGCUGAUCCUGCUGAUCCUGCUGCUCUUUGUGGCUGUGCUUCUCUAUUCCUUACCGAACUAUUUGUCAAUGAAGAUUGUGAGACCAAAUGCAUAACAGAAGCAAAGUCUUCAAGAGUCAUCCAGCAAUGAGGGAAUCCUGUCUCUAUUAACAGAACAAAACCAAAGACGAUAUUACAUACUUCACUGAGCCCCAUCACUUCCCAGCGCAUCUAGGUUCCAAGUCAGGCUAACAGGCAUCAUUUUUAUCUUAUCUUUUGAAGUAUUAAAGGUUCUUACCAUGUUUUUUCAUAGUAAUUUUCAAGGUGGCUGGUUCCAUUUUAAAAUCUUUUUUUAUGUGUCCUACUUCUAUAAUUCAGUUUUUGUAAAUUGCUGAAAUCGAACAUGAGAAUUUCUGCAUUGUGAUUUCAUAUACUUCUUACCUGUAGUCCACGAAAAGGGCUGUGCAUUAUAAAAUAGUAGAAUAGUUAGAGGAAUUGUUAUUUAUGCCUGCAACCAUUGCUAUAUUUUGUAUGAAUAAAUGUCAUGAGAGUGUACUCAACCUCUGUGAUGAACCCAAAUAAAAACAUUUCACCUUCAGCA